AUGGAGAGUCUGGCCAGAACUCCUCGAAGCAAGGAUAUGUCCGCAUUAAGCCGGGCUUGCGCCAAGGGUUCCGUGGACUCCGAUUUAUUGACAGCUAGGAAGCAUUGCUGUCUUGAGGGGCGUUCCCGUCGCAGGUCUUCUGCAACGGCCGGUCGGGGGACUGGCCUGGGGUUGGGGGCCCCUCGGGAUGCCGGCUGGGUCAAAGGGCGUUCGGCGACGCUGGUCACAGCACUGUUGGAGGCACGCGUGGCAGCAGCAACUCGGGCGUACGAUCUGGUGUUGGUGUUGGACAACGAAGCUGGUGGUUCCGGCGGUGUCUGA